GUAAAUUGUGAAGGCAGUUUUUACUGACAAGUAGUUUAACUUACUUUAACACCAGAUGGCGCCGUCACAUUUGACUUUGAACAAACAGCUGAUAAACAAAACAAUGCAUUUUUAUUGCAUUUAUUUAUUCACUACUUUUCCUAAAAGUUGUUGACAAAUUUGCGAAAUAAAAACUGGCAAGACAACACAUUUUACACGCGUGAUACCAAGUACGAAUAUUUAUUUUAAUUGUUUGUUCAGUUAACCAUUAUGGACACCGAGGCACUGGCACAAACUGUAGAUAAAUCACAAAUGCCACCGUUGCACCAAAAGCGCGUCUUGGCCUUCAUUAACCAUUUUAUAAUUAACUCUUGCAAUUUUCUCAAUGAUUUCGCAUUGCAAUGCGAAACAAAAUUCAUAGAUUUAGAAAGAAAAAUGCAAAAAGUCGAAGCCGCCUUAACUAUAAUAGAAGCGAAGCUUGCAUCUGUACCUGAUGUUACAGAGACCGCAAUGUCAACUACUGCCAAUAGCAUUACAACAGACAAAAUUCCUAGUGAAACUGCAGAAAAGACUGAAAGCACACCCGCCACAGGUGCUACUGGAGAUAUAUCAAGUGCCGAAGAUCAAAGAGACAAUGAAAUGCCGGAACCCACAGGUGUGCGCGCAUGCGAUGAUGUGCGUUUUAAAAAGUUUUUCAAAAUGGUGCAAUUUGGUGUACCCAAUGAGGCAGUAAAAAUGAAAAUGCAAGCUGAAGGUGUCGAACCAAGCGUACUAGACACUCCAAAUUUGCUGCUGGCAGAUGGCGUUGCCGCCUGAUUGUGCCUCACGAAACUAAGCGCCGUCACUUCAGAUUAGUUGCUGUCCAAUACAUAGGUUUGAGCGUCAAGAAACACCUGCUUUAAACUUCCUUGCAACUAACAUAUUAAGCUAUUCAAUUUGUGAUAAUCCGUUCUAUGAAUACAUACCUUGUAAAAUUUUAAUAUGCUAAUAGAAUAAAAUACGCAC